CUAUAUAAGGUAAUGAUGUGGGUUUAUCAGCCAGUUAUCAAGAAGCUACUGCUUGAGACGCACAAUUCUUACAGACUUUCUCGAGCUGUGGUUCAGACGAGUACCAGAAUGAUGCGUGGAGUUGGCGUGGCCCUGCUGGCAUUACUUGCUCUCAUUCACAUGAGUGCUGGCUUGUCCUGUCCCCGUCCAUGUGACCGAAAUAGAUGUACCAAGGUGCAGUGUAAUUUUGGCGUAGGGAAAGACCUGUGCUCGUGCUGUCCCAGGUGCCUCAAAGGUCUUGGCGAGGAAUGUGGAGGCAUUUGGAACCACGGCGGGUCCUGUGGGAAGGGUCUGACCUGCUCCAACCCGCCCAACUUCACGACACAGGAGCCAGGCAAAUGUGAACCCCAGACGUAAGAGGCAAGAGUAACAAGGCUAAUUUGCUCUGCAGUGAAGAUGAUGAAGAAUGUUGUUGAACAACAUUCUACAUUUAUUUUGAUUUCAUGCAUCACAUAAUUCCUGCCUUAAAUGUCAAGCAUUGCGAGCGUUUAAUA